GAUUAAUCAUUCUUGUGGCCAGAUAUGUAAUUACCCUGACUUCACACAAUAUCAGCUUAUGACUAACUAACAGAGAGAUCUACUCUGCAAAUCAAAUCUCUCUCCACUAUAAAGUAUAAACCUCUCUUCCAUUUCCAUGGCACAAGCCCCACCAAAUCCAAUUCAUCAUCAAUCUCUCAGCAGCAUGGCCCCUCCCAAGACCAACGAAAACGACAUUGAAAUUGAAUCCACUGAUCAUGAAAGCAGAGCAUUUCAAUCACUUCCAAAUCCCCCAUUAUCCAUGGCCAACAACAAAAAGCACCUGAAAGAAGAAGAUCAAAAGUCCUUCACUAACAAGAGGUACAUACCCCUUUUGAUCAUCAAUUACCUAAUGCUCUUUGUUGGUUCCCUCUCUGGUAGUUUGCUAUCCAAGUACUAUUUCAUCCACAAAGGUUCAAGCAAAUGGGUCUCAACUUGGGUCCAAUGUGCAGGCUUUCCCCUUCUAAUCAUCCCAAUUUUUCUCCUUUAUCCUCUCAAUUUAACCAAGAGAAAACCCUUCACUGAUUUCACCCCAAGGUUGUUAACUCUAUCAAUUUUUGUUGGUUUCAUGUUAGGGGUUAACAAUCUUUUAAUCUCAUGGGGGGUUGCAUAUCUCCCUGUCUCAACCUCAAGCCUUCUGUUAUCAUCUCAGCUUGUUUUCAACCUCAUCCUCUCUGCCAUCAUUGUGAAACACAAAAUCACAUUUUCUAAUCUCAACACUGUGAUCCUUCUCACUUUAAGCUCCAUCAUCCUUGCAUUGAAUUCCAGCAAUGAAAAACCAGAGGGGGUCACUAGAAAAAAUUACUUUGUUGGAUUCUUCUGCACCAUUGGUGCAGGGUUGCUGUUUUCUCUGUAUUUGCCAGUGGCGGAGAAGAUUUACAAGAAGGUUUACUGCUAUGAAAUGGUGAUUGAAAUGCAGCUUGUGAUGGAGAUUGCAGCAACAGCAUUGGCUACAUUGGGAAUGGCAAUUGAUGGUGGAUUUUCUCAGAUGAAGGAAGAGGGACAGAGAUUGUUUGAUAAAGGGCCCAGAGUUUACAUUGUGACUGUGAUGGCUAAUGUGGUGGCAUGGCAACUCUGUUUCAUGGGAACUGCAGGGAUGGUGUUUAUGACAUCUUCGUUAACCGGAGGGAUUUGUGCAACGGCAUUGUUGUCCAUGAAUGUGUUGGGAGGGGUUGUUGUUUACAGAGAUGCUUUUGGGGGUCUUAAGGCUGUGUCAACUGUUCUGUGCAUUUGGGGAUUCUGUUCUUAUGUUUUUGGAUUGUAUGUUAAGAUGGUGAAGGAGAAAGCUAGAAUGAUGAGGAACAAUAGUACUGGUUCAUCCAUGGAGUUGAUCACUAUUGAGAAUCAUGGUGGGAGUACUCAUUGAACUAAGUGUGCAUGUUUGGAUACACAAUCGGUAUGGCCAAAAUCAUUAGUGAACUAUUAUUAAAGUUAAGAAAAAUUGCUUAUAUCCGCUUCUGACUUUAGCUGUAAUUUUACUGUGUAUUUAAAGAUGGAUUAUUUAGAAUUGGAUAAGAUUAUAUAUUGCAGUGAAGUUGUUGAGUUUGCAUGAUGGUGUAAUUAAUCAAUUAGUGGCAA